UACGGGGACACCGGAGAGGCGAGGCAGAGGCAUGGGGGCGGGACGGGAGGUUCGCGAGGGCCCGGCGGGCACGGCCGGAGCGGAGGCUGCAGGGACCCUAAAGACGCAGCACAGAGACCCCUACCGGGGGAGCCUGUGCGCCGGGAGUCACCCGCCAGCCUUCAGAGGACAGGAAAACGGCGGGACGGACGAGGCCCAGGCCUGGGAGGACAGAACUGAAGACGAGAGGGACAGCGACAGGGGUGGCGAGAGGAGCCAGGCGUUCAGAGCGCGGGGGCGGGGACAACGCCCUCCCCGCCGCCGAGGGCUGGGGACCCCCGGGGUGGGGAUCCUGGGGCUGCGUCCUUUCUCAGGGUCACGCCUGUGGAGGUGCGGAUCAGGGGAGGGCCGGGCGUGGGGGCUGCAGGACCCUCCCACCCAGAGGAGGGGCAUGUGAGCACCCAGAGAUCGGCGUGUAGGUCAGGAGCUUCCGGCUUUCCAAGCGUCAAAGGGCCACGCUUAACACCAGAUAGAAAUGUCUAAGCAGAUAAGCCACAUCAAAAACAUCAAAAGAAUGUUUUCUUCCUUGAAAAAGAGCACGAAAAGUAACUUUCUCAGCUGCAUUGGCCGGGAAUCGAACCCGGGCCUCCCGCGUGGCAGGCGAGAAUUCUACCACUGAACCACCAAUGCAGAGAUGCUUCGACUUUCCCUACUUUCCCUUUUGUAGGAAGCUGAGGUCAUCGACGCUGGGCUGGCGGCAGAGGCUGUAAACUCGACGAAGGGGUGGCUGCUGCCGUUCACGUGGGUGGGACUCCAGGUCAUUCUUCCUCCCGCCUGGAUCCGGCCACCCGGUCAUAAACCCACUCCAUAUGGCAAGGGGCGGCCCCACACCCGGGUGCGAACAGCUCAGGCCCCCGAGCCUCUCGUGCAGGCACUUCAUCCCGAGGUCUCCAAGUGUUCAGGCGUCUUUCCGGAGAGGGUCAUGCUGUUGGUUUGAGAUGCUGAAGCCGCUGGUGGAGAAGCGGCGCCGGGACCGCAUCAACCGCAGCCUGGAGGAGCUUCGGCUGCUGCUGCUGGAGCGCACCCGGGACCAGAACCUCCGGAACCCGAAGUUGGAGAAGGCGGAGAUCCUGGAGUUCGCCGUGGGCUACUUGAGGGAGCGAAGCCGGGUGGAGCCCCCGGGGGUCCCCCGAUCCCCGGCCCAGGACGCCGAGGCGCUCGCCAGCUGCUACUUGUCCGGCUUCCGCGAAUGUCUGCUCCGCUUGGCGGCCUUUGCGCACGACGCCAGCCCGGCCGCCCGCGCCCAGCUCUUCUCCGCGCUGCACGGCUACCUGCGCCCCAAACCUCCCCGGCCAGAGCCCGUAGAUCCGAGGCCUCCGAUGUCGCGUGCACCGCUGGACCCCGCCGCACCCGCCCUCGGCCCUGCGCUGCACCAGCGCCCCCCAGCGCAUCAGGGUCCCCCUAGUCCGCGCUGCGCUUGGUCCCCAUCCCUCUGCUCCCCUAGCGCCUGGGAUUCUGGCGCGCUGGCGCCCCUCACCGGACUGCUGCCACCGCCGCCGCCGCCUUACAGACAAGACGGGGCGCCCAAGGCCCCGCCGCUCCCGCCACCCGCUUUCUGGAGACCUUGGCCCUGAGCUCUGGGGAGAUGGGGGCGGGAGCGGGGGCUGGGAGUGGGGUAGAGACUCCAGCCCGAGGGCAGCAGGGGGAUCCGGGCGCACGGCAGAGGUGUUGGGGAGGGCAGCGGGGCGCGGGGACUCGGCGCGUGGGUGAGAUGUGGUCUAUAUUAGAGUAUCUAUAUAAAUAUAUAUUCCCCGAUCCCUGUCCCUUUUCCCUGACCUCCUCCACCCUGCGUCUAGGAUUGUACCCUCUGUUCCAGCUCAGUCCCAGUCCUUUCCCAAGUCCCUAGUGCAUGGAAUAAAAUGGUUAUUAAAUCCCCGUGUGUCCCGGAGCCAGGGGCCUGCCUUUAUCUCGGCGUCCAUGCCCAUGUUCCCUUCCCUUCUGUCUCCUACCCCCAGUUCUGCUCUCCAUGGCCCAAGUCCUGGGGCAGACAGGUAAGUAAAGAGAGCAGAGCGGAGACUAAGCUUAGGACUUGAACCAAACGGGAAGCCCAGAGAUAGGUCAGGGGAAAAGGCAUAGGCUUUUAAGAAAAACCAGGUAAGAAAGAAAAAAAGUAUUAACGAGCUAAAACCGACUCUGGUGGGAUUCGAACCCACAACCUUUGAAUCGCUCUUUCGUCACUAGAAGUCCAAUGCGCUAUCCAUUGCGCCACAGAGCCACCUGGCGGGUGGCGCAGUCUCUCAGCUUACGGGUAGUAGCAUGGUGAAGGGGCAGCGUAGGCGAGUGUGUGUACGUGAAAAUUGGGCGGGGCGUGCCAGGAGCGCGAGUUUAGGCUUUCCGAGGCCAGUUGGGACUGGGCGGGUGAUGAGAGAUUACCCGCGCAUAGCACGUGAGCCAGGUGGGAGUGAGGGAGCGUAGGGUGCCGGAAACAGGGAGGGAGAGCAGACGAGCCAGGGAGAGUGCACAGUUCUGGCUGCCCGUUUGGGGAGCGUUUCCAGCUCAGCAGACCACUGCGCUCUCAGAUGUGACCCCAGUAAAUAAACUUGUGGUGUUGUAAA